AUGAGCCAAGACACUACAGAGACACGAACACGAACCCGCUCCAAAGGCAUUCGAGUUUUGUCAGAACUCUCAGGACAUGACAUGAAGCAUGAGCUGACUAGCAGUUGCCCCACCCCUGGGUGUGAUGGCAAAGGUCAUGUCAGUGGACGAUACUCAAGGCAUAGAAGUGCACUGGGAUGUCCGACUGUAAAGAAGAGAAAGCUGGAGGAGGCAGAGGCUGAGGAGAACCAAUCUUCUCCCAAGAAGAAGGGUCAGUCCACAUUAAUGGAGGCAGAAGACGACUUAUCCAUAAACAACGACGAGGACGAGGAAGAGAAGGACCAGAAAAAUGAGAAAGAGGAGGAUGACCUCAAAGAGGAGAAAGAUUCAAGCAGCAGACAAGAGUCAAAAAAAAACGACUGCCCUUUAAUAAAAGAAGAAGACACAGUGGUCGCAGAAACAGUUGUUUGUGCUACAACCAAGGAUGAGGAGAACAUCACCUGGGAGGUUGACAAUGAAGUCGUGGCUGAGGAAACCGAUAGGGAUGAGAAAUCGGCAACUGAACAACAAUCGUCUGAUGACGAAGCGGCGAAACCGGAUACGACGACGGACAAUGAAGACAAGCGAGAGACAGCAGGGGACCCUCAUAGAGACUUUGAGAAAACUGAAGUUGAGCAUACAAAAGAGGAUGAAGAGGAGGACGAAGCAGAAGAGCAGAUUGAAAAACCAACUGGGUUUGUAGCUGAUAGGGAAGUGGAAAGACCGACGAUGAGCCAGGAAAAUUCAGAUCACCAGUACUCCACUGGACAUUACAUCAAUCAGGCCAACGAGUCAACACAGGACCAGGGAAAGAGCGAGGAGAAAGAGGAGGAGGAGGAAGAAGAAGAAGAGGAGGAGAGGAUCCAAGAGGGUGAUACGCCUUACUCUGCAAGUCCACGCAGUGAAGGAUCUCAGGAGUCUCUUGAGGAAGAAAAGGUCUGCACACCCGCGAGUGAGGAAGAGCCAGACGAAACGCAGCAGGAGAACCAAGCGGCCAAGCCUCAGGAUGAAGGAGGCAAAGUGGAAGAGGUGGAGGAAGAAGAAGAGGAAGAGGAGGAGGAAGAAGAAGACGACGGGGUUGACGAACAAUGCUCUAGCAAAGCCUCUCCGACCACAGUGGUGAUCGAGGUGCGCUCUGAAGAGGACGAGGACGAGGACGACGACGAAGAAGACGACCGCGACUGCGUCUCAGAGGGCUCGGGGGUCACAGACGAUUCUGAGAACUGGGAUAUGACUCGAGGGAACCUGGUGCUGCUGGAGAAGGCUAUCGCCUUAAAAGCUGGGGAGGGCAAGGAGGGCCAGGAAGCCCAGAGCUCCCAAGACUACCAGUCAUACGACAGCCCCGGCAAAAGCGCAGAAGCAGCGAUACGACGCAACGCCCACUACAGCAAAGAGAAGAAGGAAGUGAAGUGUCCAACCCCGGGGUGUGAUGGGACAGGUCACGUGACUGGACUGUAUCCUCACCAUCGGAGUCUCUCCGGAUGUCCUCACAAGGAUAGAAUUCCUCCAGAGGUCCUGGCCAUGUAUGAGAACGUCUUGAAGUGUCCCACUCCGGGCUGCACUGGUCAAGGCCAUGUCAACAGUAACCGCAACACACACCGCAGUCUGUCCGGCUGCCCUAUUGCUGCAGCGUCUAAGCUGAACAAGAACCAGGACAAGCAGGUCCAUCUACAAACUUCAGUCAGUGAACCCACAUCUAACUCGGACAGGGUGCUCAGGCCCAUGUGUUUUGUGAAACAGCUGGAGAUCCCUCAGUAUGGCAAUUACGGGCCCAAUGCGGUCACCACCACACCACGAGCAAACCUGGCCAAAGAGUUGGAGAAAUAUUCCAAGGUGUCUUUUGACUAUGCAAGCUUUGAUGUCCAGGUGUUUGGAAAGCGUAUGCUUGUUCCAAAGACAACCACCACUGAAACAUUACCCAAAGCCUUCAAAUCAAAAUCCUUCCCUAAGGCCUCUUCUCCAAGCGGGACAGGGUCAGGAGGCAUUUCCAACAGCACUUUGUCCUCCAAUGAGUACGACUGCAGUCAAGACGCCGAGGCGGCUCACAUGGCAGCGACGGCUAUCCUCAACCUGUCCACUCGCUGUUGGGAACGACCGGAGAGCCUUAGCGCCAAUCCCAGGGAGCCCUGCGCCGAGGAGCCUGACAUCGAAGUGGACGAGAACGGCACCUUGGACCUCAGCAUUAAAAAAAACAAGCGAGAGAGCAUGCAGUCUCCGGAGCCUUCGUCGUCCUCCUCCUCGUCUUCUCAACACACAAUAGGUGUGUCAUCUCAGGGCCACGCUCAGCCCGAGUGGGAGGGGCCACUCGAUUUUACGAAAUCAAGUGGAGUAAAGGAGGAAGGCCACGAUGAGGUAGACUAUACAGCCACCUCAUACACGUCUUCUGAUGCUGAGGAUGAGGACCAGGAGAACCCGGAGAACCCGGAGAACCUAGAGGAGAGGAAGUACCCUGGGGAAGUUACUACCAGCAGCUUCAAAGUCAAGUUUCCGCCUAAAGACAGCAAAAAGGAGAUCCUUGUAUGUCCGACUCCAGGCUGUGAUGGCAGCGGACACAUCACCGGCAACUACGCAUCUCAUCGAAGUCUGUCAGGCUGUCCUCUUGCAGAUAAAUCACUACGGACACUCAUGGCUGCCCACACAGCUGAACUUAAGUGUCCCACUCCCGGCUGUGAUGGAUCAGGCCAUAUCACAGGAAACUAUGCCUCACAUAGAAGGUAUGAAAUGGUCUUCACCUGUGUUCUUCUGGAUCUUUCAUCUGCUAAUGCCUUUGUGGCCCUCUCUAUUAGUCUGUCUGGAUGCCCCCGAGCCAAGAAAGGUGGAGUCAAAUCAAACCCCACAAAGGAUGACAAAGAAGACUCUGAGUUGUUAAGGUGUCCCGUCCCUGGCUGCGACAGUCUUGGGCACAUCAGCGGCAAGUAUGCCACCCACCGCAGCGCUUACGGCUGUCCCCUGGCAGCGCGCCGACAGAAGGAGGGUCUUCUCAACGGUGCUCCCUUCUCCUGGAAGACUUUCAAGAGCGAGGGCCCCACUUGUCCGACACCUGGCUGUGAUGGCUCUGGUCAUGCGAAUGGGAGUUUUCUGACACACCGCAGUUUGUCUGGUUGUCCCAGAGCACUUGCCGGUAAGAAGAAAGCCAAGUUCCCUGGAGAUGAGUAUAUCACUGCCAAAUUCAGAGCUAGUGAUGUUCUGGAUAACGAUGAAGAUAUCAAGCAACUCAAUGAAGAGAUCAACGAUCUGAACGAGUCAAAUUCGGAGAUGGAGGCCGACAUGGUAAACCUGCACACUCAGAUUUCUUCCAUGGAGAAAAACCUGAAGAGCAUGGAGGAAGAGAACAAGCAAAUUGAAGAGAAAAACGAGGCCUUGUUUCUGGAGUUGUCAGGCCUGAGCCAGGCUCUGAUCCAUAGCCUGGCCAACAUCCGACUGCCGACCAUGCAGGACCCGUUGUCGGAGCAAAACUUUGACAGCUACGUGGAGACGCUCACUCAGAUGUUCACUAAUAAGGACUGCUACCAGAACCCUGAGAACAGGGCUUUGCUCGAGUCCAUCAACCAGGCAGUCAAGGGAAUCGAGGUGUGAGAGAUCCCAAAAAGUCCUCCAGAGAUAGUUAGUGAAGGAAUCUUCUCAUUGCCAUCUGUUCUUUGUAUAUUCCUUUGUUCUUGUGUAUACUUCUCCUGUUUGCAUGUUGCUUUAGGACAAUGAGAGUGGGAACACACCAGAGGAUGAUGACACACUGCAGUCAAACUGCGAGGUGAUGACACUGAAGUGUGUAGCAGAACAUAUCCGACGUCCGCUCGAUAAUAUUAGUAGUAUUGUGUAAGAUCAUAGUGACGUUCCACCUGCUGGACUAGUCUUUUCUAUAUUGAUUGGUACUAUUGCUGUGUAACUAUUUGUCAUUUGCAAUUGUUGGGUUCAUUAUGGAAUAUUUAUUCAUGUUGCGCGUAUUAUCAUGUUUGUCUAUUAUUUAUUAAAGUCCCCGUAAAGUGAAACUAAUGUCAGAAAUUUGACAGCUUAAAAACCUGUUGAAUUUUAAUGAGAAAAAAAAUACAAAGUAAAAUCGAAAUCAUGCACAACCCAGCCCUUCUCAGGUCUCAGAUGUGGUUGUAUUCACGUUAGUUAUCGCUCAAAUAUAUUUAUACGUCCUACAUCGUUUUAAUGCCUACACGUUUGGAGAAUAUCCCACCUGUCAUCACGAAGCUUUUCCACGCUACACCGAGAGGUGCUAGCGAUCAACUAGCUCGUGGUCAAACGGGACACCGAUGGCCUUGGUAUAGGAACACUUAAGACAUUUCAGGGAAAGUUAGCAGUUCAUCAAAUACAGCAAGCUGUAGUGGUAGAAUUAAAUCAAAUAAUUAGUAAUUGCGAAAAGUAGCAAAGGCAUGACAUUUUUAUGUACAUAUAUAUAGUGGGUGAAGGUCAACUCCACUCUAUACAACUUUCUUCAAAGUACUACAGUUGAGUUUUGCACAUUUUUAUUAAUUAACCAAGCAAGUAUCAUGUAUUGAGAAACAAAUUGCUAAUUUCACUUUACAGGGUCUUUAACUAUUUAUUCACUAUUUAUUUUUAACGUGUUACUUGAGAAGAUUUGAAACCAGGAGACGAAAUCAAGUAAACAUGAUAGGAAACACUUUUCUCUGCACUGAUGAACAAAGGAAAUAUUUUAAGAUAUCCUAUGAAUUGUUUUAUAAAGUUAUUUAUUUAAAACUGCAAUCUUUUUACAGGAAAUGCGAACAUUUUGUAUAUGAAAGUUUUGAAAUAAUUUAGUGAUGACUUUUAUUUAUUAAUUUAUUUAUUGGUGCUUGUUUUUAUGAGUUUGACAACUAUACAUGUGUUGAGUAUUUUGCAAUUCACUGAGAAUAUUGAAGUGCACAGAUAUGUCGAUGAACAAAGUGAUGUGUGAAACAAAGUGACGGUGAAUAUUUAUUUAGUUUUGUCAAUGUGUGAUGAUGACUGUGUGAAUUCUCUUUGCUAGUUCUUCAAAUAAACGUUGAGCAACA